AUGGGCCACCGUCUUGCAGCACACCCUGGCGUGCAGAAUGCUAUCCUGGACGAUCUCGUGGAACAAGGUCGCCGGGUACCCUCGGGGCGGAGAGGCAUCCAUCCCAAUCUGCAGGGACCCCCAGGGAACGAACGGGGGCUAGCCCGCCUGGUGGACAUGCUAGACCCCGAGGAAGAAAGCUCUCACAGGUCCACUAGGACCAGCCGCAGCGGCCGUGGCAGAAGCUCGGGCCACCUCAUGCUUCAGCGCGACCGUCGCGGGAUGUUCGACUACGACGACGAGCCGCCCCUGCCGCACCUGCACCUGGACCCCAGGGUUUCCGCAGAGCUGGAAGGCGUGUACGCGGAGGUGCAGGCCGACGGCUGGCAGCCGUGGCGGGAGGAGGAGAAGUUGGACGGAUCCGAGAGCGGGCUGAGCAGCAGCCGUCUGAGCGACGGGAGGCUCGGCUGCUCGUGCAAGAAGUGCCACGCAUCAUCGGGGUUAAGCCUGGGCACGGAAGAAGAGGAGGCGCAAGAGGGCACCUGCUGGAAGGACGUGUUGGCUGAGUUCGAGUGCGACAUAUGCUUCGAUGUGCUCGUAGGCGUGCACGUGCUCGAUAACUGUGGCCAUACCUUCUGUGGCGCCUGCAUGGAGCGCUGGAUCGACAACGCCCCGCAGGGAGAAUGCCCUGUGUGCAGAACACCCGUCGACAAGCUCGUACCCGUCAGGAAGAUGGACGAGAUGAUUGCCAAGGCGGUAGAAGCCGCGGCGCCCAGCAGGGAGCGCGACGCAUGGUAUGAGCGCAAAGCCCACUGGGAGGGCACCGCAAGGCGACGCCAGGAGGCGAGAGCUGCUGCUGCUGCUGCUGCGGCGGCGGCGACCCCGUCGCACUCUGUCGUCCACGCCCAAGGAGCCGCCGCCGGCAUUUUCGGUCGCACCGGCGUGGCGACGUGGUUCGGGGCAACGGAUGCAAGAGAAGCAGGCGGUAGACGCAACAGGGGAAGGGGGGAGGAAGAGGGCCGGGGUAGGAGGGAUGAGGAUGAGGAUGAUGAUGAUGAUGGUUUCCGUCUGGAUAAGAUGCAGACGGUGCUCGCUGUGGCGGUGAUGUUGGUGAUGGCGGUCAUCAAGAUGAGGGGUCUGCGGUGAUCCAUCCAUCCAUCCCUCCGGAGCUAUUAUCUCUCUAGCUGUUGUCACGGAGUUAGGGCUUUGGGCGGAAACAACCACUUGAGACUGCGGAAAUUGUUUUCGCAUGCAGCGCAAGAGCUCACGGCAAACCCCAUGCCGGGCCUAUGCCUGUUGUUCUUGACUGCUCUUAACAACGCGGUAUAUCUAUUGUAUGUAGCGCGAUUGCUUUGCCGACGAGCUUGGAGCCCGGCUACACAGGUGUCAGUACGCCACUACUGGCGUCUGUAUCUCACCAUGAAGCGGCGGCGUGAUGCUCUGGGGGGGCUUAGUGGUCCAGUGUUGAGAGGUGGCUUUGUACUGCUGUACAAUAGCUGGGAAGGAACACUCACGAGAGCGGGUUUGGUGUUUUUACCCGUUCAGAGUUCAAUGUCUCCCCUCCAGAAAGUGGGGAGGGGUUGUCUCUGGUGGUCCACGGGGAGAUUGUGGUGUUGCGGCCUCCUCACACUCAGCGCUACGGUAUGUGAUAACGGUAACUGCCUUGCAAGCCGUGGCAAGGGUUGGGAUUGAAAGUCUGGCAGAUGAGGCUCAUUGUUAGCAACCUGUUUGUUCUCUGGCGGGCAAGUCAUGGGGCGUGGUGUAGUCGGGAGAAGUGGGGGGUGGGUAUGGGGGCCAAGGACAGCGUACGUCGAAAGCUGUCAACCGAUUCAACGUUUGUCGAAAAGCGCUGGACGCGGCAGUUGUGUUCUUUUCUAGGCUUAGCGUGAGCGGAGUACGGGAGGCUGAGCCGGCGAUAUGAUUUGCUAAUAGUAUUUUUGAUUUGGUAGAAGAGGGCCACAGCAAUCGUUUCUCGGUGUUAAUAUUUCCAUAUUUCGUUUUGGUCCCGCUUUUUCGGGGCGCCAGUCUACACCUUUUCUGUAUAUGUUGGACACGGCAGCCGCGGUGGCGCGGGUGGAAGGGAUCACAGCGGCAUUUUUUUGUUGUUUUCCCUCGUGGGGGAUACAUGUAGGAAGUAGGGUUCGGAAUUUAUUUGUUUGUGUGGGCAUGUUGCUGUGGAAGCUGCAGCCAAGCCUUGUAAAUAUGGAGUUUAGGUGCCUAUAUUGAUGAGCUGAUGGCGUUGUGUUUCGGACAGCUCAACGAUUGGCGAGAGUGUGGAAAAUGAUAACUGGUACUUGUGCCAACCA